AUGCUCAGCUUUGGCUGGUGCAUUUUAUUAUGUGGAAUUAUUUUUCUGCUGCGCCUGCGGGGCAUUGAGGCCGCACUACGUCGCUUGAGGUCUGACGCGAUAGAGCAACGAAACCCAACGGACGUGGCCUUGCAAAAGGAUGCCAAGCGACCAUUGCAGGUGGUGAUUCUCCACCCUGACCUUGGCAUUGGUGGGGCAGAGCGACUGAUCAUCGACGCGGCGGUGGCGCUACAAAAACACCAGCACGUUACCCCGAUCAGUGUCACUAUUGUAACAAAUCACCAUGAUCCGAAGCGUGCAUUUCCGGAGACCGUGGACGGCACCGUAAAGGUGGUGGUGAGUGGAGCAUGGCUACCAGAUCACUUUCUAGGACGCGCGAAGGUCUUUUGCGCAGUGCUUCGGAUGACCUGGGCUGCCUUAAUGGUCAGUUACUACUACCCUGACACGGACUGUAUUUUUGUGGAUCAAGUGGCCGCCGUGUUACCCUUGUUGCGCUGGAUCGGGGUGUUUGUCCCAUGCCUCUUUUAUUGCCACUUCCCUGAUCAGUGCUGCGACGCGAACCGCGAGGCGGAUGGACGUUUUCUGAAGUCCAUUUGGAAGGUACACAAAUUAUAUCGGCUUUUUUUUGAUAGGUUGGAGUCGCGGGCGAUGUGCUUUGCUGACUGCAUUGCGUCAAACUCAAAGUUUAGCAGAGAGGUGACGGUGAGGGUAUUUCCGCAGCUUGAGUCAGUGAUUGACGCAGAGGCAGAUAUCUUUUAUCCUCCCGUUUCAUGGGCGGCCAAGGUUGCCUCCACCGACGUGAUUUCUGACAUGGAGGAUGAUGAAGUGGCGACGCUGCGUAGACAACUGGAAAAUCGAAGUGUGGUGCUCAGCAUCAACCGUUAUGAGCGGAAGAAAAAUCUUUCACUGGCAAUUGAAGCUUUUUCUGAUGUAGUGGCAGCGGUCUCAGAUGCCACCACGAAUCCACCACUUCUUGUCAUCGCCGGCGGCUACGAUGCCCGCUUAAAGGAGAACGUGGAAUACCUGAAGGAGCUGCAGGAGUUGGCGGCGCGCCACCACCUUACGGAGGAUCAGGUUCUGUUUCUACAAAACAUAGCUGAUACGACCAAAGCGUAUCUUUUGUCGAAGUGCUGCUGCAUUGUCUAUACACCGGCGAUGGAACAUUUUGGAAUUGUGCCUACGGAGGGGAUGGUGUGUGCCAAGCCUAUCGUCGCUGUGAAUCAGGGCGGUCCAUGCGAGAGCGUCGGUGAGGGUGGGACGCUGUGUGAUCCCACACCGGAGGCAUUUGCGUCGGCUAUAAAGGCGUAUGUGACAGAUGAGGAACUGGCAAAACGUGUGGGUGCAGCUGGACGACAACGUGCAUUGCGGCUCUUUGGUAUGGAUGUCUUUGGUGAGAAGCUGGCAAGAAGACUGGUGACCUUAUGGACAGCGAAGAACGAGCAGCUUAAUUCAAUGCAAGGCGGGGGGAAGGCUCAGAGUCAAAAAAGUAAAUAG